AUGGCGGGGAAGAGAAACCAGAGCCGCGGCAGCAGCCCAACCUCCGGCAACUUCUCCGACGACGACGGGGGCUCUUCCACGGCCGCCGCCGCCAACAAGGACCAAGACAGAUUCCUCCCCAUAGCCAACGUGAGCCGGAUCAUGAAGAAGUCCCUCCCGGCCAACGCCAAGAUCUCCAAGGAGUCCAAGGAGACCGUCCAGGAGUGCGUGUCGGAGUUCAUCAGCUUCGUCACCGGAGAAGCCUCCGACAGGUGCCACAGGGAGAAGAGGAAGACGGUCAACGGCGACGACCUCAUGUGGGCCAUGACCACCCUAGGGUUCGGGAGCUACGUCGGCCCGCUCAAGGUCCACCUCGGCAAGUACCACAAGACCGAGCACGAGGAUAACGUCGGUUCCACCGACGCUAGUCAUCAACCACAGCAACAGCAACAACAACAACGACGACAGUUCGAGAACUCCGUCACUGUUGCUGCUACUGCUGCGAGCCCCACACAGGCCGUCUCUAUUAUCGGUAAUAGAGACGGUCGUGAUUUUGCGGCUGGUGGUAAGCACCACCGCCAACAUUACCAUGGUUAUAUGGAUGUUGGUGGUGAUCAAAUGAUGAGCGGGCCCAUGUUUUCAUUGGGCCGGCCUGCUCAUCAGGAUUUGGGUUUGCAAGGGUAUGAUGGGCCGCCGGCUGGUACGGCGUCGUCGUUGGUGUACACGCUUGGAGUGUAUCCUCAUCAAGCGGCGGCCGUGAGUGCGGCGAGGCUUCUCGGUUACGGUAACGGCGGCGGGAGAGCCGUGGCGCAUCAGUUUAAUUAA